AAACGUUCCGGCGGGAAAAUAGAAAAGGGGAAUUAGGGUUUUACUCAAUCUGAUAAGCGAUUCCGAUCAAAAUCGAGACUUAAUAGCUCCAGAUCUCCGAUAACCAUGGCCGGAGAAGCUUCGAGCAGCCGCCUAAAGAGACAACGAGUACCCUCCAUUUCUCAAUCCGUAUGCCCAGAAGAUGGUGGCGGAGGAGAUGUUGCGGUGGGAACAUUGUUCGAGUUAGAUCUUCUCGAAUGUCCCAGUUGUUGUCACUCACUCACCAGCCCUAUCUUUCAGUGUGACAAUGGUCAUAUCGCGUGUUCUUCUUGUUGUGCUAAAACGAGGAACGAAUGCCUUUCCUGCAAGUUGCCUAUUGGUAAGUAUCGAUCUAGAAUAAUGGAGAGAGUUGUUGAAGCAGUCAUUGUUCCUUUGCCCAGUGUAGCCAAAAAUGCCUUCGCUGGAGAAGCGUCGAGCAGCCGCCUAAAUAGGCAACGAGUUCCUUCUGUUGUUGGAGAAGAAUGCGAGAAUGGUGAAGGAGAUGUGGUGGUACGAUCUGGGAAGUUGUUCGAGCUAAAUCUUCUCAAUUGUCCUGUUUGUAGUGAUGCACUCACGGGUCUUAUCUUUCAGUGUGACAAUGAACAUAUAGCUUGUUCUUCUUGCUGCACUAAACUAAGGCACAUAUGCCCUUCCUGCACUUUGCCCAUUGGUAUCUAUCGAUGCAGAAUAAUGGAGGAAGUUGUCAAAGCAGUCAUUGUCCCUUGCCCAAACGCCAAACAUGGCUGCACCGAGACAUUCUCUUAUGGCAAAGAGUUAAUCCAUGAGAAGAAAUGCAGCUUUGCUCUGUGCUAUUGUCCUGCGUCGAACUGCAACUACUCGGGUGUGUACAAGGAUCUAUACAGUCACUACGCUGCUAAUCACAAGAACAUUUACAAGCGUUUCAGUUACGGCUAUUCCCAUCAUGCAUGCUUGGGCAUCGAUUGUAAUAUUGUGGUCUUUCAGGAAUAUGGAGAUGGUCCAUUGGUUGUGGUUCAGUGUUUCAAGGAACCACAAGGAGUGUUUUUGACUGCGAACUGUAUAGCACCUUCUGCUCCUGGAGUUGGAAAUCUCUCCUAUGAUCUAUCAUACUCCACAGCAGGUAAAACUGUGACGUUUAAAUCGUCGGAGAUGAAUAGGAUCCAAAAAGUGAGCUUCCAAACUCCGGAGAAGGACUUCAUGAUUAUUCCUGACUAUUUAUUGAGUCGGGUGGGUUUGUUAAAGAGUAUCCGUAUUUGCAUCCGCAACUUAGGAAAAGAAAAAGAAAAAACUGAAGAUGAAGAAGAAGAGGAAGAAGAUGAAGAUGAAGAUGAAGAUGAAGAUGAAGAGGAAGAAGAUGAAGAUGAAGAAGAGGAACUUGAAGAAGAAGAAGAAGAAGAAGUUGAAGAAGAUGAAGACUACGGAAUUAUCAUAACAUAGCCGUUGUUGACCAUUUUGUGCAUAUAACCUAUCAAUGCAUUGUCUGUUGUUUUUUUCUUUGUCUCCUGCAACUUCAAAGCUGGUACUGAGUUGCUUAAAACUUAAGUUCCUCUGCAGAUCUUCUCAGUCUUUCUCUUAUGGGCCUAUUGGUCUUAGUUAUGUUCCACUCUGUGAAGUACUGAUUUGAUUCUACAAACUUCCUCUGAUGCAAUUCACAUUUGGUGAGAUCGUUUCUGCUA